GCCCGCUCCUCGGUGCCCACAGGCGGCGCCCGCGGGCCGGCGGCGGAGCCGCGGCCUCUCCCUUCCCGCGCAAGAUGGCGGCGGCCGGCGGCGUGCCGGUGCGGGUCUGCCACCAGGAGAUCGUCAAGUUCGACCUGGAGAUCAAGGCGGCCGUGCAGGACAUCCGGGACUGCCCGGGGCCGCUCGGCGCCCUCACGGAGCUCAACGCCGUCGUGAAGGAGAAGUUCCGCCACCUCCGCGGCCGCAUCCAGGAGCUGGAGCAGAUGGCCAAGGAGCAGGAUAAGGAGUCGGAGAAGCAGGCCUUGCUGCGGGAGGUGGAAAACCACAAGAAGCAAAUGCUGAGCAAUCAGGCAGCUUGGAGAAAGGCGAAUCUAGCUUGCAAAAUUGCUAUCGACAACUCUGAGAAAGAUCAACUGCUGCAGGGAAGAGACUCCUUAAGACACAGGAAGACUACAAAGGAAAGUCUGGCAGAGAGUGCAAGUAACAUCACAGAGAGUCUGAUGGGCAUUAGCAGGAUGAUGUCACAACAAGUCCAGCAGAGUGAGGAGACUGUGCAAACCCUAGCCAAUUCUUCACGAACCAUCCUGGAAGCAAAUGAAGAAUUUAAGUCCAUGUCUGGGACAAUUCAGUUGGGGCGAAAGCUCAUAACAAAGUACAAUCGCAGGGAACUGACGGACAAGCUGCUCAUCUUUCUCGCCCUUGCCUUAUUCCUAGCCACGGUGCUCUAUAUUUUGAAAAAAAGACUCUUUCCAUUUUUGUAAAAUUCCAAAGCUAAACUGAACUAUUACAAAAGAUCAGAAAGAGAUGGAGUAAUAAUGGUAGGGCUUUUAAAUAAAAUCAUAAAGGGAUAUUGCAAUAGCUGAAAGAGCAUUAGAGCAGGCAUGACUUUAUACUGUUCCCGCAGAGCAUGUGACCUGCCUAAGAAGAGCUUAAAUGAGCAUGAGGUGGGAAGAAGCAGGUAGAGCAAGGUAUGGAAAGAAGAAACACCACUUUGCCUGUAGGUUUGGGGAACCAAACACGUGAGGAAGGAGGCGCUGAAAGGUGCCAGUCUUAACUUUCAACCUCCCUUCAUUUUGCCUUGAAAUUCACUUUUGUCCUUGGCAUGGACUGGAAGCUGCUUUGAUACCUGUGUGUAAGGUGCCGAAAGUAAGAGGAAGGAUGAAAGAAACUCACAUACAUUCCGUUAAUAAAUAUUUAUUGUAUCUAUGUAAACUGAGUUUUGUUUAAAAACAAAGUCUAAUGGAUUGAAAGAGCCUGAACAACUUCCCAUGUGAAAAUUCUGCUUAAUACUUAACAGCAGCAGUUGCUUACAGGUUGUUUUUUUUCUGGGAGCAUAGCACACGUGCAGUCUGGCUGUGUUCCUUAGGAGGGCUCCGUCCAAAGCAAACAUGGGGCCCCAUUUGUUACUGUUCAUUCACACGAUAUAUUUGAGAAUUGCAUUGCGAAUCUGUUGAAAUCAAAAACCUUUUUGCUCCUUUUCUUUAUAAAAUUCCACUGCCAUGUUGUAUGUUUGUAAGGUUUUCUUGCUCGUAGGGUUGAUCUUUUCUCAGGUAAUCAUUGCAAGAGGUUUUGUUCUUCAGUAGUGGGAGUUGAUUUGCUUUAAUAGCAUAAAUGCCAGCCUGCCACACUCCACAUAGUACCUGGAAGUAGCACAAACUGCACUGCAGCGUUCUUAAAACUGAUGUUGCCUCUGGAAAUUGUUUUAUUGCUUCUUCAGAGCUGACUGGUAAUGUUGACAUAUGGUUUAGGAAAUUCUCACAGAAUGGUUAAAUACUGCCUUAAUUUAGUAGUCAGAAGUAAACUUUUUUUAAAAAAUAUAUAUGUUAGGAAACAUGAUGUCAAGCAAAUUACGGUGUAUAAAUUUAUGUGAAAUUUGAGGCUAGGUUACCUUUGUAGGUAGUUCUCCAUAGUACAUUUAGGGAGGAGAGAUGACCAGACUAUUACUUUGUCAUUCUAAUAUUAAUUUACUAGAUCUUAUCAGCGGUCACAAUUUACCCUUUUGCUGGCAGCUGCUACAAGCCUGGCUAAAUACAGAAGAGGAAGUAGGUUGUAGUAAUCCAAACUGGAGUACAGGACAGUGGAAGUGACGAUGGUGUGUCUAUGCAUAAAUAAGAAAAGCUGGAAAGUGUAAUGGAGUUCAGAAUCAAGGGCUCUGCCUGCAGAGUCGGUUCCUGAGCCUUUCUUACUCAUGUAGUAGCGAGGCGUUUGGUAACCUCGGCGCUGGGAGUGGUGUAUCCCACAGAGGGCACUACUGCCUGGGAGUCUGGAGCGUUUCCUCGCACUGGAAGUCCUGUAAUAUGCAGGCUAGACAGCAUGGAUGUGGCUUUGUCUGUACCGUUUUAUUCAUCGAUUUUUAGUGCAGCCUUCGUAAUAGCCUUUCCUGAGAUACAGAAUUACACAAAGAUUGAAAUAAAUUGACAAUGUGCGUGUUCUAGUUUUGAAUAACAGAGAAAUUACUCAGCUUAAAAAAGGGAAACGCACAAAGCUGAUGAAUGUGUGCUUUUUGGUAAUAAUAAAAGCGUUGCUUUGGUAAGAAGUCUUCUGAUAAGCACGCUGCUAACCAAGGUCAGGUUUGUAUACUACAAGUGUUUUGUAGUCUGCGAGUUGGGGCCACAGUGGAGCAGGUUUCAUCCUGCUCAGUGAUGCUGGCAGUUGUGUCUCUAGCACUGGGCUCCUGCCCCCUCCGGAACCCAGUCCUUGUGCCCCUCUGCUCAGAAUGUACAAGCAUCGAAAGGGUAAUAAAAGUGUGUUCGCCUGUC